CUCCCUUUAGGUGGAAGACAAGUUUUCAAGAGCCCUGAGAAAUUUAACCCCUUUUGACAACUAGGUAUGCAGCAAAACAUUGAGAUUCACAAUUUCCUGUCCAAGGGACAUGCACCAAAUGCUCGAAUGAUAAAUUUAGAAAAAAAAGCAAGGACACAAACGAAUAACGAAGUUGAGUUUUUUUAUAGGUAGUCUAAUCAAUUAGGAAGUUUAAUUAAUCUAAUGCCAGUCCGACACCUCAAUUCCAUACGAUACGAGAGGUGUCUGAGGUAAUAAGAAUUCAGAGAAUAUGGCCGCCAUCCAACAGUGUUUUGCAGUGUUGGAGACAGGUUACUCUUCCGAGUACACACAGAUGAAAUAUGGUGGGUAUGGAAAAAUGGUGCAGAAUCUGUGCAAGGACACGGGAGAAGUUUGGGACAUUUUUCGUGUGAUGGAAGGUGAAUUUCCUUCACAAGAGGAGCUUCACAAGUAUGAUGGAUUUGUGUUAACUGGUAGCAGCUAUGAUGCUCAUGGCAAUGAAGAUUGGAUCCUGAAGCUCUGUGAUGUGCUCAGGUGUUUGUAUGACAAGAACAAGAAGCUUUUGGGGAUUUGUUUUGGCCAUCAGGUUCUUUGUCGUGCUUUAGGUGGUAAAACUGGAAGAGCUUCAGUAGGAUGGGAGCUUGGGUUGAAAGAUAUUACAUUGAAUACUGAUUUGGUGUGGAAAUUAUAUGGUCUGAAGAUUCCUUCAGUUUUGAAAGUUAUUGAGUCACAUCAAGAUCAGGUUUCUUGUAUUCCUCCAAGUGGUGUUGUUUUGGGUUACUCAGCCAGAACAGCUAUUGAAAUCUUUGCAGUUGGAAACUCGGUCCUUGGUAUUCAAGGCCAUCCAGAAUUUUCUGAGGAUGUCAUGCUAGACUUACUAAAGUCUCGUCUUGCUCGAGGGACCAUUAGCGAGGAGCUUUACAAGGAAGGAGAAUUGAGUUUCAAAGAUGGUCAACCUGACGAAGAAGCCCUUACAGGCUUGUGCAAGGCUUUCCUUAAAAGUAGAGAAGUGAUAUGAUGAAUUAUAGUUUUUUCUUCAGUGUUCUUUUAUUAUUUUUUCCAAGGAAAUGUACAAGCUGGGGCCCCUUGAGCAUUGUCGAGGCCAUAAUCUUCUAUUUAACAUGGAUUAAUAUGGACAUGCAUUCAUCUGGUAUUGUUGCUAUACAAUAUUAAACUUUUUUAUGUUUCA